AUGGCACAACCGCGUCUGUUGCCCGCGCCUCCCCAGACUCAGGCUCUCCAGUCCAACACUUUUCGCCCGCCUCCACUCGAUGGCUCUUUGUCUAUGCCACAAAUCUACGACUGGCACUUUAAAAACAACCCUACUCAUCGACUCUUUGUCUUUGCGCAGUCUGACGGUUCUAUCAGAACCAUCGACUGGUCAGAGGCCGUUCAUGCCAUCUGGACCGGCACGAGCAUUCUCAGAUCCCGCUUCAAGUGGGUAUCUGGGGUAGAAAUGUCGGUCGUCGGUAUCCUGGCGGCGUCUGGUGAAGUCCUUUUCCUCGAUAAGGAGCUCGCUCAUUUCGAUCCAGACACAAUCCCAUACUUUACUUUGAUAGCCAGUUGCUAUCGAGCGAACUACGUGCCUUUCCCUAUUUCUCCUCGAAACUCAGCAGCCGCUGUAGCCCAUCUAAUCAACAAAGCUGGUAUCAAGCAUAUCCUGCUCGGCCAUGAGCCUGCUAUGCGCGAACUCAUCACCGCUAGUCUCGCUAUACUGAACCAACAAUUUCCCACUUGUCAGCCACCCGAUGUCUCCCAUGCUCCGCUGUUCGAAGAGUUGUUUCUCCCCGAAGAUGAACGUACACUGACCGCCGAUUCCGUGCCAUAUGAGUGCAAGGGUCCCGAUGUGACGGCGGUUAUAAUGCAUUCUUCAGGCUCCACCGCUUUCCCCAAGCCUAUUUAUUGGUCCAACCAUCGAAUUAUUCAAGCUGCUCUUAUUCCCUGGUUUGGGGAGCGCGACCUGACGGAUCAACUUCUUUCUCUGCAUACGAUGCCGAUGUAUCAUGGUAUGGGUAUCCUGCAAACCAUGUGGACGGCUUCUUGCGGCUUAGUUAUCACGGCGUUCGAACCUAAAGCUAUACCGACUGUUCCAACACCCGUCAAUCUCUUUGAAGCAGCGAAGGCGACCAAUAGUGAUAUUGUGUUCUGUGUUCCUGUGUUCAUUGAGGCUUGGUCUCGUGAGCCAGAUUAUGUCAAAUGGCUUGCGACACGCAGUGGUGUAUUAUUCGGUGGCGGGCCCCUCAAUAAGGAAGCUGGAGACUUUAUGACAUCACAUGGGGUUUCGAUAUUUAUUCUCUAUGGGUCUUCUGAGGGCGGUAUUAUGAGUCCAAUUCUCCCCGCCAAGGUCGGCUAUGACUGGGAAUAUUUCACAUUCCCCAAACUGGUGACGCCCGAAAUGGUACCACACGGAAACAAUACUUUCGAACUCGUGAUGGUGUCGAAUGUCUUCUGUCGACCUGCUGUUCUCAAUACCCGGGUCGGAGGUGUCGAGUCGUAUGCAACUUCAGACCUACUUGUUCCCCAUCCUACCAAGAAGGGUUACUGGAAGAUUUUUGGACGGACAGACGAUCAAAUCAUCCAUAACACGGGGGAGAAGACGAAUCCAGGACCCUUAGAAAAUUUAUUGAAUCAAGACCCUCAUGUCCACUCGGCCGUCAUGUUUGGCCGGGGGCGAUUCCAAGCAGGUGUUCUCGUUGACCCAAAACCUGCGUUCAAAUUCGAUCCGGCAGACGAGCUCAAGCUUGCGGCCUACCGAAAUGUAAUCUGGCCUACUGUGCUGAAGAUGAAUGAAUUCGCACCACAGCACUCUCGUCUCUUCAAAGAGAUGAUUCUUGUUGAGAAGCCCAACAAACCGUUCACUUACACCGCGAAAAUGACUGUUCGACGACAAGCAGUAAUAGCAGACUACGACCCUGAAAUUGACGCAUUAUACGAAAUCGUUCAGACGUCGGCCACGCUCAACAUCGCACCGCUUUCCUCUUGGGACUCGGAAUCGGUCUUGAACUUUGUGCGCGCUGCAGUCAACAAUGUCCUCAUCGCGCGCGUGGGGGACGAGGAUGACAUGUUCCAACACGGCUGCGACAGUCUCCAAGCAACCUGGAUUCGAAACGCCCUUCUCCGUAUGCUGCAAGAGCAAAAAGAAAUUGAUAUUCGCCGAGAAACGAGGAAUUUCGUCUACGACCAUCCGACAGUGUCUGCUUUGGGCGCAUACGUCUUUGGUCUAGGCAAUAGUGGCUCUCCGCAAACCGACAACACAUCUCAGUCUGUUGAAACAAAGAUCAGGAAUAUGCAUGCCAUGGUCCAGAAGUACUCGCGCAACCUUUCGCUCCCUUACAAAGGCCUCUCGAAUGCGCGUAACCCAGAGUUAAAGAAGGUCGUGCUCGUCACUGGAACUACAGGAGAACUUGGAUGCUACCUUCUUACUCAACUUUUGCGCGACCCGAGCGUCGAAUUCGUCUACGCUGUCAACCGUCGUGCUCCACACCUCGCAGACUUGUUCAGCCGCCAGAAAGCGGCGCUCGUAGAUCGCGGUCUUGAUGGCAACAUCCUCGAGUCCGCUUCGACCAAGCUGCUGCUUUGCGAGAGCGAUUUGAGUGAAGCUCAUCUGGGCCUCCCGGACAGUCUCUAUCAGGAGAUUCAUAGUCAUGUCUCGCACAUCAUUCACUCGGCAUGGCCGGUGAACUUCAAUAUCAGUCUGUCCUCGUUCGAGCCCAACAUUCGUGGUCUACGAAACCUUAUCAAUUUUGCACUCGAUCCGCAUCCACGAACUCUCUUGUUUACCAGUACCAUCGGUGUUUUCAACACGCCGUCCACCGAUAGACCCCUGGCUGAGGCCCCCAUCGAGGCUGACACUGCCGCUGGCAACGGGUACCAACAGUCUAAAUGGGUGGCCGAGGAGAUACUGCAAGACGCCAGGCGCUCAUAUCCGAGUGCGAAGCUGAUGACGGUUCGAGUAGGGCAGUUGUGUGGAGGAAUCAACGGCGCUUGGAACACGCACGAAUGGCUUCCCGCGGUAGUUCAGAGCGCGAAGCAUCUUCGAUGUCUACCUGAUGAUACCGGAGUUGUGUCCUGGAUUCCGGUGCACAUCGCGGCAGCUGCAAUCAUUGACUUCCUUGACCCUCCAGCGGCUCCAAUCACGCAUCUGAUCAACCCCAAACCUACCUCAUGGCACAGUCUUGCGAAGAUCAUCGCCGCCGAGCUAGAUGUCCCCCUCGUCUCGUACAUGGAAUGGUUUUCCCGUCUUAAAAAAGCCACCCCCGAUCCAAAGUUCCGAGCGCUGCAAUUUGUCGACUUCUUCGAGCCGAAGCAAUCCGUGGAAGCGUUUGGAUUCCCAAAACUGGAGAUGACGAAUGCCUUGGAGAAAUCGAAGCACCUGAGGGAUGGAGACUGUGAGCUGGGUGAGGCUGACGUGCGACAGUGGUUGGCGUAUUGGCGUCGAGUUGCGUUGGUAUGA